AUGCCUCCGGCGGAAGUGUCGGCUGCGGUGGAGAAGCUAAGACUGCACGCUUAUGCGCUGCUGCAUAGUGUGGUGAGUUAUGAGACUUGGAGGGGUGUGCCGACGAUUUAUAUGUAUUGUUUGAGGGAUAAUGCGAUUGAUAUUGGAGUGCAGAGGAUGCUUGUUGAGAAGGUUGCGUGUGGGGCAGGGGUGGAUAUCAAGACCGAGACGUUGGAUUCGGGACAUAGUCCGUUCUAUUCGAUGCCUGGGGAGCUUGUUAGGGUUACACCCUCAGCUACGGGUUAUGGAGACAAUUAA